AUGCCAGAUGUAUUCUCAGGCGAAGUGCUGGUUGGGCAGAUGGCAAUGAAGCCAUUUUCUUCGCAAACGGUGCGAUCUACUCUGCGCUCUUUGACUGAGAAGCGUGUCCUUGAAGAUCUGUCAUGGGGCUUCCAAUGCCCGUACAAAGCCGGGCCGGGUCGUGGAUUGACUGUGGUCACUGUGCAGCCGGAUGGAACCCUCAUAGAUUCAGCGACCUUUGACACCAUGAAAGCCGGUUCUGAUGCGCUGGCCGUGCACAUCAAUAACAUUGAUGAUGGGACUAUGGUUUUGAUCGGGGCGCUUGGCGAGGCUUCAAUCAAUCUUACAGACACGGCGAAAACGGCGAUCAAAACCUGCGGAGCAACUAUGAUCGACGGCAAAGCCCUCAGCAACGCGCUGCGGUAG